AUGAAAGAUAAAACCACUAUAACUAAAUGCUGCUUAGCAUGCAUUGUUAUCUGCUCAUUCAUUCUUCACUUGCCCUUCUCCAAAAAGCGGGGAUUCUUUGUUUACGACCUUGAUGAUAUGCUUUUGAAUUACUCGUUUUGGCGGCUAAUACCUAGCAAAUUGGUAUUUCUCGAUAUCAACGAUCUUAUAUUCGGUAGCCUGUUGCUUUACUACUUCAGGAUCUUCGAGAGGCGUUAUGGGCCUAGAAAGUUUAUCUUGUGCGGCCAUCUCUACUGCAUUAGAAUUAUUUAUGGCUUCAGUGCUCAGGCUUGUGCGGCUAUCUCUACUGCAUUAGAAUUAUUUAUGGCUUCAGUGCUCAGGCGUUUUAGUUUUCGUUAUCAAAUCUUGCCGUCUGGCCCUUAUAGCAUAAUAUUCCCUUUCUUCGUGCCUUACUUUUUUGAGAUUCCAAGAGUUCCUGUCGCUUAUAUAGUCGGAAUCCCAAUAACUGGAAAAUCCUUCCCUUACAUUUUUGGACUUCAGGUGGCGUCUUCUUCUCCAGAAUCAAUGCUAGUUUGCUUGUGUGGCCUGGUAAGUUGUUUUGUUGCACCUGAGUGCUUGAUUGUCUUCACGCAGAGUUACUAA